AGCUUUCUGACCGGAUAGAGAUCUAUUGUUCAUUGUAUACCAACACACAGCCCUGUUCGAGAGAUAUCUGAGCCAUUGCCCUUCUUUCUGGGCCUGUACACAUGGUUGUCUUCAUGGAUGUCAUCGGUCCUUAAUCAUGCACCGGGCCACUUGGGGCUACCAGCUCUGAGGGCGGCGCGUCCGCUCUACAGCAGCGGUCGCCGGCAGAAGUGCUUUCUUGCUUCUAUUCCUGCAUCUUCACUGGCUAUCGCACACGACAAGAAGUGCCUAUCCACUUCGUUCAACCAUGCACGAAGAGCAAAGAGCAAUGGCACAAAUGCUGAAAGGGCCUUCAACGAGGUCUCCUCGAGCCCCUGGUACAAGGACUCGCGGUCACAGUCGACAUUAAACCAGGCAUUCUCGCAUGAAUCAGCGUCUACCGCGAUCGAUAACUGCAACGUCGAUUUGCGACAUAAUCUGCUAGAUGAUGAACGGUCGACCGCGACAGAGACAGGGUACCACCAUCGCUCAUAUGAUCGAACGAGGCGAGAAGAUGGAGUUGGAGCCCAAGAAAAGCACCUGGGAAAGACACCAACCGAAAUAUUAAUUGCCGCCCUGCAAAGUACUGGGCGGAAGUUGGAUCUGCGACAACCGCCGCGAUGGACCACGGAUUUAUCCUGGGUCUCCCCAGAUACGCCAAUGCCUACUACCUACCAACAGAAAGGUGGAGCCAUUAAAACAGCGAGACAGUCUCCUCGGAUAUCAUUCCAAACUAUUGUCGCUGAAUAUAUAACCACCGUCGAUACUCUCAUCCAGCAGAUGGGGAUUCCAACAAUGAACGAGCAAAUCGAGCUUCCGUCACGGAUGAACGAGGCGCUUCUCCAUACUUUCAGCAAGGAGAAUCUGGCCUAUCUCGAUGCGAGAGGUUAUUCUGCAGCGGACGUCAUGGCAUGGGCAUGGAUACUCAAGAGCGAAUGUUCCUACGAAGCAGCCUUAAAGCUCUUUGCGCUAGAAGACUCGUACAGGCUACAGAAGAACGAUGUGCCAAAGAGUGUUCCUCCUUUCAUUCCAUUGUUUCUCUUGCGACGACAGCAUCUCGAUCUCAAAGCUUACCGUUUACUGCUUUUAUACAGUCUUCAUCUGAUGAGCGGUUGCCCUGUUCCGACUGUUCAAACCGCACUCAGGGAGUUCUCUGGCAAUGUAGAUGCCAAUACUCAAAACGAAACCCUGCAAGCUGAGUCCCAUCUCGAUCCGACUAUGUGUAUGACGUUCGUCGUUCGGCUUCUUCGUCACGCUCGCCAGGUGUGGCCGUCCGCACAACUUAGCAUCGCGCGUGCAUUCGCUUCCUUCUUGACAACCAUAAGCAUUGACGGUAAAUCUGACGAUGCGAUCCAGCGCCUAAACACAUUUCGAGCUAAAAAGUUCAAUGCUUGCCUGUGGCUGCUCUCUUUGCCGUCCAGACCGGGUCCGUUUACAUCGGCUUCGAUCCAGCAGCGUGCACAGUUUGAGCUCCUGAAGGCAAUGGCAUCGCAUCGUCCUGUCCUGCCCGUCACACGUCGAGGGUAUCAAGGCAUUGUUGCCGUUCAAGUGGCCCAUAAGAAGACGCCGGCUGAAAGAUUGUCCGCAGAGCUGAAAGCGCCCUCCUGGCCUCCUUGGAAGGAAGAGAAGCUUGGAAUGGACUCGAGUAGAGGCAAUGAGGGGAUGAAGAGUCGUGCGAUUCACGUGAUGGCCCAGAUGAAGGAAGCUGGCUAUUCCCACGGACUAUGGGAGGACGUCGCUGCGAUCCUGGCUGGUUGGGACACUGAUCGAAGCCCAACAAUUCAGACGAGAACGUUGAUGCCUCGUCGACAUGUGUUGCGCGGUUCGCAGAGGAGCAGUCCCGAUCACCCAGCGAUUUGGGCUGCUCGUAUUAGAGCUACGCGGACUGUUCGGGAAGCUUGGGCUUGUUUUCUGACGUAUCAUGAUCAAGGACUACCACCGCACAAGUCUGUGUACUAUGCAAUGGCCCAUAAACUAGUCUUCCGGACAAAAGCGAUAGAGAAUGGUUUCGAACAGUCCAGCCUAGCUUUGCCCGGUGAUGGCCCUGAGGUCUUCUCGGAGCCCUCCUCUUCGCGGGAUGUGAUAUACGUGCACACGGAACCUCCGGCCUUGGACGACUUUCUAAAGAAGAUGCUUUCUGAUGGUAUUCGACCAUCUGGCCGAUUCCUCGCAAUGCUUUUGGAAUCGGCAACCUCGUUUGCUUCUGGCAUAACCUAUAUCCGCUAUAGCGAUCUACCGGAGAAGCAAGUCCAGGCGCUGUGCACUAUCUGGCCAGCUGAAUCCGAUUAUGCGAACGCCACAGCUGUGGGCAAGCUUCCGGAAUAUCUUUUCUCGUCCUUUAUAGAGUUCCUCUGCAAGUUUUCCAGCUUCGAUCCAUCAUAUAGAUCCAAACGUGAGUUCCGGACUUCGGAUCUCUUCCCUAUUAUCAUGCGAAAUCAUCAUCCUUCACGGCAGACGACAUCUCUGCUCUCCUAUGCUGCAACUUCCGAGGAAGAUCACAUACAUCAUCCAAGGAUGCUGGCACAUGCAGUUCACCUUGUCAGAACGCACAAACCAAGGCACCCUCCAGCGUGGACCGCGCUUCUUUCAGUUCUGAGUAGAGAUCGAAUUAGCAUACGCUAUCACAACUUGGAUCAAACUGUCCAAAGGAUUCUCGCAUGGCAUGAAGUCCUCGAGAUAAGCAAACAGGCAGCAGGUCUCGAUGUCGAACUCGGAACGCGUGGUUUUCAUGUUCUUUGUGCUUCAUUUGCUAAGGCUGUAGCAGCUGGGAUCAAACAUCCAGAGGCCGCAGAAGAAGCGCUGGAAAUUAUCCAGGAGCAAGCGAGAUAUGGCGAUGCUGCUCUUUCUCUGCCAGUAUCCACUACAUUUGAGCAAAUGGUCCACAAUGGUCUCGGCAUUCUGAAACGCCGCUUUGAUCGAAUCGCCCUUCCAGGUUCGACGAGCAUUUCAGCUGAUAUAAAGGAUGCUGGUGAUGGUAGUGAAUCCGGGGCAUCUCGUAUCAGUACCCCUGCUAUGCUUCAGGUACCAACCCCCGCCGUUCUGCACGCCUUUGUCCGGGCUCUUGGUAUAGCUGAAGAUUAUGAUGGUUUGUUGGAUCUUUUGCGAUGGAUGAGCCGAUCUGCACCAACAUUGAAGGAUGCGGCAGACGAGCUCUUAAACGGAGAGAGGAUGAUGCGCCGCACUCUCGUCGCCGUUCGGGUCUUCCUAGAGGGAUAUUGGGAAACUAGUUCACCGAGAGUAGCGCAUCCCGAUGAUUAUGGUGCCACCGAUGAUCAUACUAGAGGUGGUUUUGGCUUCGGAACGCAGCACUCAUUGUCCCACGAAGAGAGGCAGCUUGAAUUCUCCGAUCCCUACGUCCAGGAGGCGCACGACAUCAUUGAACAAACGGAACUUUGGGGCGCUUGGCCGACGGACGACGAAGUUCGGGAGUAUCUGCUGUGGGAUCCUUCGCCGCACGGAAAACAACACUGAUUUCUUUUGGUGUAUAUGUACAGCACAUAUGUAUGAUUACGGUUGAGUAAAUUGAUACCCAGAUUUUUCCAAAAGCCAUCGUUCUAUCGUGUUGACCCGGCAGGCGUGCAACACGCAGUGGUCCGCAUAAAUAUCACCCUGCAUUGGUGUAACGAUGUAACUGUGGCGCCUGAUAGCGGGAUUUCGCUGAGAAGCAUCGUACUCUAUGUUUAGAAGAUCACUUCUUCGAGUCAAUCAUUUAUGAACCAAAGCUGUAAGGAUCUGCGAGGAUUCAGAACAGCAGAAAAGAAAACACCAAUAGAAUCGAGACAGACCCAU